GAAUCAGCUCUAUGUGCUUGUAACUGUUUUUACACCUCUGAACAUUUGAUUCUUCUCCUUUGCAACAAUGGGCUCCAAGCAAGGAAACCCGCAGAUUUUCAGUCCUAAACAUGUUGGGCUAUUUCAUUUCAAGCCGCAUUGGUGAUUUGGAGGUUCUGCUGGAUUUUUGUUGCAGGGACAAAGAGGGAGUAGAGCGCGCCAUGGCGGAGAAGUGUGAGUACAUCGCGAGCGUGUACGGUUAUGACCUGGGCUGCCGUUUCAUCAACUUCAAGCCCUUGGGCUUUGGUGUGAACGGGCUCGUCUUGUCGGCGAUGGACAGCAAAAGCUGCCGCAAGGUGGCCGUGAAGAAGAUCACCAUCAACGAUGCGCAGAGCAUGAAACAUGCCUUCCGGGAGAUCAAGAUAAUCCGCCGAUUGGACCACGACAACAUUGUGAAGGUCUAUGAGGUGUUGGGGCCAAAAGGAGUGGACCUCCAAGGGGACCUAUUCAAAUUUAACAUGGUAUAUGUCAUCCAGGAAUAUAUGGAGACCGACCUGGCCCGUCUGUUGGAGCAAGGACCACUCUCUGAGGAACAUGUCAAACUCUUCAUGUACCAGUUGCUCAGAGGCUUGAAAUACAUCCAUUCGGCCAAUGUGCUGCAUAGGGACUUAAAGCCUGCCAACAUCUUCAUUAACACAGAGGAUCUGGUAUUGAAGAUUGGUGACUUUGGACUAGCAAGGGUUGUGGACCAACAUUACUCGCACAAGGGUUACCUCUCAGAAGGCUUGGUAACAAAAUGGUAUCGAUCUCCUCGCUUGCUCCUUUCGCCUAACAACUACACCAAAGCGAUUGACAUGUGGGCAGCCGGCUGUAUUCUGGCAGAGAUGCUUACGGGAAAGAUGCUCUUUGCUGGAAGCCAUGAGCUGGAGCAGAUGCAGCUCAUUUUGGAGACCAUCCCUGUUCUGCGUGAAGAGGACAAGGAAGAACUUCUGAAGGUGAUGCCAACAUUUGUCAACAGCACCUGGGAAGUGAAGAGGCCAUUGCGGAAACUUCUUCCAGAAGUGAACAGCAAAGCUAUAGAUUUUCUGGAGAAGAUACUCACAUUCAAUCCCAUGGACCGUUUGACUGCAGAGAUGGGCCUGCAGCAUCCUUAUAUGAGUCCAUAUUACUGUCCUGAGGAUGAGCCCGUUUCUCAACACCCUUUCCGGAUUGAAGACGAGAUUGAUGAUAUUUUGCUGAUGGAAGCCAACCAAAGCCAGAUGUCCAAUUGGGACAGGUACCAAGUGAGCUUAUCGUCAGAUCUGGAAUGGCGACAUGAGAAGGGCCAUGAUUUGGACGAGGUGCAGCGCGACCCCCGCGCGGGAUCGGAGUCCAUUGCCGAGGAAGCUCAAGUGGAUCCCCGCAAAUACUCCCAGAGCAGCUCGGAGAGGUUCCUGGAGCAGUCGCAUUCUUCGAUGGACCGAGCGUUCGAAGGGGAUUAUGGGCGCUCGUGUGAUUACAAAGUGGGCUCGCCUUCCUACUUAGACAAGCUGCUGUGCAGAGACAACAAACUCCACCAUUACUCCGAGCCCAAGCUCAUCUUAGACUUGUCCCACUGGAAAAGAGCGUCUAUUGCACCCACAGCAGAGUUAGCUUUGGAAGAAGAACCGUCGAACCUUUUCCUGGAGAUAGCACAGUGGGUGACAAGUACCCAGACGGGCCUUGAAUGCCCCAAUCCCCUGCCGGAGAUUCAAGAACGGAGUUUGCCGUCUUCUCCUCACCAUCUCCACAAAGAAUCCAAGGAGGUCGACAGCAAAGGCGACCCUCAGUUCGACUUGGACGUCUUCAUUUCCAGGGCGUUAAAACUUUGCACCAAGCCCGAAGACCUGCCCGACAGCAAGCUCAAAGACAUCAAUGGUGCAUGCCUGGCGGAACAUCCCAAGGAGAUUGUACAGACAGAGGUGUAUCAUAAAGAGAGGUGGUAAAAAAG